AUAGAGAGAUAUGGCAAACAGCAAGCAAACUGUGAGUGGGAGUAGUCAUGGCCGGCGGAAGAGUUCUGGGUUGGCCUUGGCCAUGCUCCUCAGGCUUAUCAGUAAAAGGCUUCAGAGAGGCUUCUCAUCAGUCCCAGCGUUUAGGAGGGUGGCUCCCAAUCCCAGAGGCGAGCUUGAGUUCGACCACGGGCUGGUGCCAGCUGACGUGAAGGAAGGACACUUUGCGGUUUUUGCGGUGAAGGGUGAGGAGCGGAAGAGGUUCGUCGUUGAAUUGGCUUACCUCACUGACCCUCACUUCUUGAGAUUGCUGAGUCUGGCAGAAGAGGAAUUUGGGUUCAAACAACAAGGAGCGCUUGUGGUUCCUUGCCGCCCGGACGACCUCCACAGAAUCCUAGUUAGAGGGAAGACAACGCCGCCAGAGAUUUCUUAAGCCGGUGAUACUGCGCUCAGCCGGCCAUCGUGUGAAUUCAAUGAGA